GUCACCUACAGUGCUCCCAUCAACCCUCACCUGAGGGAGUUCCACUGCAGCUUUGAGGAGGAGCCCAUCUGCAUGUUCACCCAGGACAAGAACGAUGAUUUUGAUUGGACACGGCACAGCGCUGCCACCCGUGACACCAAGUACACACCCAACACUGGUCCCAGUGCAGACCGCACUGGUUCUAAACAGGGUUUCUACAUGUACAUAGAGACAUCAAGGCCACGUAAGGAUGGAGACCAGGCACGGCUCAUAAGUCCCUUAUUCAACGUGGCACCUAAAAACCCCUACGGCCUCCCCAACCCACCUGCCUAUUGUUUUGGCUUCUUCUACCACAUGUAUGGAAAACAUAUAGGUAAGACUCAUUCUUUAUAUGCACAGCUGUCCUCAUUUUGUAUAGCAGAGUGGCUGAAGGAGCACUCUGCAGCUUACGAGUGA